ACGAGGACCAGUCGUCCCGGCCGACGUUCAGCGUGAGAGAGCUGCGAGCUAUACUGCACGAGAGGAACGAGCUCAAACUGAAGCUCAGCAAGGCUGAGGAGCAGCUGCAGGCGAUGCAAGCCGAGCCGCCGCAACCUGAUAGCGGCUCGGAUACGUCACCGUCUUUGACCAGCACAGCAACAGUAGAAGAGGAUGAGGCGCCCGUCCAGGGUCCUCUGCCUGCCGAGCCCGACGACGCGCCUUGGAAGAGGAACAGCGGCAUCAGGAAGUUGUUCCGCCUGGCGCUGUCGCGGGACCCCGGCCGGCGAUCGCCGCCGCCAAGGAUCUCUUUCGGCCCUUGGUACUGAUGGUGUCUUAGAGAACGCUUGGCCCGUUUUCGCAAGCUCUUUACUGAGUCUGAUAUCGCCGUGGGCUCCUUCCCGCGGCGGUCGUUGUCGACGCUCGCCAGCAAGAUGUCCGCGGGCGGUGGCGCCGCCGCCGGCCCCGCGUAGGCACUCCCUGCCGCCGCCCGCUGCGCCCUCCAAGCCGCGCCGCUACUCCGACCACCGCAAACCACAAGCCUCCAAACUAGACCUCCGACAAGAACUGCUCAACCUCAACGAUGAAGAAGUAACCAGCUGGCUCGGCGAUGUCGACGAGAGAGACGAAGUCUACUACGGUAGGUUCGAACACGAUAUACCUGUGCAGAAGUCUAUCUCCCUCGAUCGAGGCAUAGAAAUAUUCAACUACUUGCAAAACGUAGGGUCCGACUGGUCCGACAGCAGCGAUGCUUCCUCGUGGACUGUGUACUCGGAAAGGGAAAGAUUGAUCGAACAGGACAGGAGCUUCGAAGAUAUCCCGGCUUCUCAAAUGUUGAAAAGUCGACGGUCAUCUUUCGAUGUCGACGACAGUCUGACCCUGACAGGCAGCUACAGAAGCAUCGACGAAGCCAGCGGCAGCGACUCGCCGCAGAUUAAAAAACUACAACGAAACAUCUCGUUCAGAAUUUCUUUCGAAGAUUUCAAGUCGGUAGAGGAUUCCAAUGAGAAUUUAAACGCGAGCUAUCGGAGAGUGAGGGUGCCAUUGGACAGAAGCAUAUCUUUAGAGUCGGCAGACACGAAUGAAAAUAAGGAGGGAAAUAGAUGUGUACGUCAAAGGAAAUUUGGUAUUCAAUCGAAUAUAGAAUACCACUUAAACUUGAGGAAAGAGGUCCUGAAACAGAACUGGUAUAAUUUCAAGAGCUGCGAAAACUUAUCUGUUAAGAAAGUAAGCAAACACCGUCGCGGAUCGGCUGAUUACAAAACUGAGAAUUCCUUAGGGUUCACUCUAUUAAAAGAUAGUUAUAAAGCUGAAUUUUCAAGUGGUAAUAUAUCACCAGCUAUAAUCAAACUCAAAAAGAGUUUUUCAUUUGUUAACUCACCUGAAAUCAGCCGAAACGCUCCCGUUAUUACUGUAACGGACUUUGACAGUCCAAAUAGUAGUAUUGCCAAAAAUGCGUCCACUUCCAAUUUAGGAGUGAAUACUUCCAGUUUAGUAACACAGACUUCCUAUUUUGAAGGCAAUCUUUUUACAGAACUAAAGGCUUUCGAAUUGGUAGACGAUACGUUAAAUUUCUCAGUAACCACUUCCGAAUCGGAAGUAGACGCUUCCAAUUUAGGAGUAAAUACUUCCGAUUUAUCAGUGCGAUCUUCCAGUAUAGUAGGAAGUUCUUCCAGUUUAGUAGAUAUAAGUAGUACAUGCAACUGUCGCAUGUGUAGAGAAGGGGAAGAUAGGACUCCGUUUUUGACUAGGAACUUAACAAAGAUAUUCAUGAAGAUAAUUUCUAGGAGGAAGUUGAUAUGUUCGGAUGAGAAUAACAAUCUGAACGAGGGUGAAAUGUAUAGCUGCGUGAUGCAAGUUUUGAAACUGCUGUUCGGCCUUUGGUUACGACAUUUAGAUCACAAUUAAAGUAGUUGUAGUCGUUGUUAGCUUGUGAAUAUUUGUUGCUGUUGUUGAAUCGUUAGACAUUCCAUGCCGCCAUAAUGUAUUGGCUAAUAGAAAAUGUGUCUAGGGUGUGGUUGGGUGAUGGUCUUUCGAAAUUAUAUUUAAUUUAAGCUAUUGAUUCGUUGACGCAUUUUCUAUUGCACUAAUAAGUUAAGGCUACUUUAAGGCUGCGAUUUUGAAAUUACCAAGCGUGCGUAGCGUGUUUUUGAACAUUUAUAUAAAAACUGUAUUUCUUGCUGACCAUGUCUUCUUAUUUUCAUUGUGUACAGUCAUGAGGAAUCAUGUACCUACUUUAGAACCCUGUCGCACUAUCAUAUUUGACAUUUUAUGAGACUUACGGUUUAAUUUGUCAAAAAAGUUAAUGUGACAUGGUUUCAAAGUAUAAUUAGUACUCGUGACCGUACAUCGUUGCCUUGUCUUGAUAACUACGUGAGCGUCUUAUUGAAAAAAUAACAUUCUUAUGUGAAUUUCUUCAACAGAACCUCGAUCUCUUUCAUAUAAUUUCAUUGAUUUGUGGUUUCUUGUGGUUUGGUGGGUGGUGGAAAUUACCCUGUCCAUUGCGAGGUCUUGUUAAAAAAACAUAUUCGAAUGUGAAUUUUCAAAAAAAAGUGCUUUCUACAUUAAGUGACGUGUCUAUGCUCAUUUGCAAGUUUUGUAGUUUGAAAAAACGCAGCCAAGGACUUUCUGUCAUGCUCUUCAAUGAGAAAAUUCCUCUUCAUCUCUUGUACUGGGGGGUUGAAAAGGCCACAUCGAAGCAAUUCAUCUAAAAAGCAAUAUUGCAAUUUGACAUUUGCGCAUAUAAAAGUGAGUGCGCAAUGCAUUGCUUUUUUUGAUGAAUUGCUUCGAUGUGGCCAUUUUAACCCCCCUGGACUGUACAAUUUUAUUCUUAGGCUAUGUACUCGUCAUCUGUGCCACAUGACAAGUGAUUCGAUACUGGUAAUAGCCAUGUCAAUUUCCUACUUGUGAACUAUGUAUGAUUAUGAUGCCAAUGUUAGGAGACAUUUCAUCUAGAUGAUUUGUUAAUGGAGUGAUAGUUUUGUUGAAUGUCGAAUAUAAGUAUUCAUAGAUUCUUACAAUACAAUACAAUAAAAAUACACUUUAUUGCACCAAAAUAAAAAGAAAUAUUUACAAAAAGACUGUUAACUAAGUACAUGGCAAACGGCGGCCUUAUCGCUUAAAGCGAUUUCUUCCAGACAACCAUAAGGAGGAUAGAUGAAGCACCUCAUCAACAGUGAUGUGCCGUUUCGGGAAUGUUCCCAAAACGACAGUAAAAUUGCCCACAAGUUAUGUAAAAAGAGCCUUAAUACUUAGGCUUUAAGAAGAUAGGGUCAGAGAAUAAAAAGGACAAUUUGAAACAAAGCAGCCACUGUACUUAUAUUCUUCUUCUUAUCGGUUGUGAGUUGGAAUACCAGCCUCAUCAACCCUGGCGUCAGGGUUAUUAUUGAGCCGCCAAAGGCCCCUGACAUGGGUCAUGUAACGAUUACUCAGUUACAUCAGUAAGUAGCAACCGGGAUGAACGGCUUAACGUGCCUUCUGAAGCACGGAUCACUUUACUUUCGGACAAUCAGGUGAUCGGCCUGUAAUGUCCUAACCAAACUAGGGAUCUCAAAGUGAUUUUUGUGACAUGUCCCCACAGGGAUUCGAACCCGGGGCCUCCGGAUCCGGAACCACUGGACCACAGAGGCCGUUUACUUACUAUUAAAGAGUUUUAUACAUUGUUUUAAGUUUACGCGGUUAUUAUCAUAAUUAAAACACAAUAACGGGUUCUUACCGCGUUUAAAUGGGGAUAUGAGACUCCCGAUAUUUCGACACUGUUGCAAGUGCCAUGAUCACGGGAUGACUGAUGAGAUUGGAGUGGAGUAGGUAGAUCCAUAAUUUUCUACGGGCAGACAUAUCUGUCUACCCUCUUUCUUUGCCGCUUGUUUAUGUUUUUGAUAUCGGAAUGUUCGGAACCAUCUGAACUCGCACCAAACUCACUACGACAAACCGCACUCACUGUGUCCUCACGUUUUUUCACCACAUUAGGCCGUUUCAAGCUUUUUACAACACCUACUACUGGAUUCCACAUGGUCGAUAAUUUGAACCCAUCUUCCCUGUUGAAAUUUUUAUGUUUUCUGAUUUCAAUAGCCUCUUUUACGAGUCUGGGGAUGUAAUGACGUUCUGUCGAUAAUAUUUGUGGAUUGUUAAACUCGAUCCAGUGGUUAGGGCCCGACUCCAGUACAUGCUCAGCUAUAGCAGAUUUCUGCACGUCGUUUUUCUUCAUGGGACUAAUAUGUUCUUUAAUCCGGCAAGAAAUAGACCGUUUUGUUUGUCCGAUAUACGAACUACCACAACUACAGUCUAUCUUGUAUACGCCGGGGCUCUCAAACGGAAAACAGAGGGUAGACAGAUAUGUCUGCCCGUAGAAAAUUAUGGAUCUACCUACUCCACUCCAAUCUCAUCAGUCAUCCCGUGAUCAUGGCACUUGCAACAGUGUCGAAAUAUCGGGAGUCUCAUAUCCCCAUUUAAACGCGGUAAGAACCCGUUAUUACGUGUUUUAAUUAUUAAAGAGUUUUUACAACAGGAAUAUUCCCACUUUGGAAACAUUCCUGGAGACGUCACAUCGCUGAUCAUGAUGGUAAUUAAAGCGUACUUUGUGUGUCAUUUAAAUGUAUUUUCAAAUUAAACAAAUGUUUUCAAGUAUAAUUCAGUAAAGGAAAUGAUACAUAAGUAAGAUGAGCUAAGUAUAACUAUCAUAAUAUUCAUUCAUUCUAAUAUAUAUUCGAUAUUACAACAGAACAGUCACCCUGAUGUUUAAUGAAAAAAAAAUCAUUUUUUUUAAACUAUUAGUUACAAAUACAAGUUUGAAAUGGCAACACUGGUAGUUUUGGUACGUCGUCAUAGCAGGCGAAAAGUGUUGCCAUUUCAAGACUAAUAAAAGUACUUAAUAGUUUUAAAAAAAUGUUUUUAGUGUGGAGUGACUGACACAUUAUAGGGCUGUGUUUGUGGACGGUAAAUUAUCUUGUAUAAUAAUAAAUAUUAAAGUAUAUUAUAUCACAAUAUUAUAAUCGUGUAGGUCGAGAGAGAGAAACCGUUUUUUACUAAACUUAACAUCUUUUCUUUUAACGCAUGGUGGAAUAAAACUGCCUUUGAUUUAUACAAUGAAGAUAAUUGAAACUAUGCUUCUAAGGAACAGGCAUAAAUGUUAAUGAACGCAAUAUUGAGUGACAAAAAUUGCAUCAAAGUCAAAAAAUCAAAGCGUAGUAUUAUUUCACCAACUGCUGUAAAUCAUACGUUUGAAUUCGAAUUUUGUCAUUAUUAUAAAUGGUAGCGUGAGUGCCAUUUAAAAAUUAAUUUGAAACACGCAGUUUUUUUUGUAAUGGCAAUGUUUGGACCAAAUAACGUAAAGGACAUAUCCCUAUUUAACUCGAAAGUUAAAAAAAUGGUCUCGAAACGUUUAGAAUCACGUGUAACCUAUAAGUUUGUUAAAUGUUGUCAUAAACACCAUGAAUUUUGGACCAAAACUGGAUUAGAGCUGUAAGAAGAAAGAAAAGAAAAUAUAUAAUUUAUCUCACUUGUUUUACAUUUGAACAGUUUAUAUGCGCCCAAACACUUGGCGCAGGCUAUCAACAGGUUAUCAACAUUUUCAUUUUUGAAAAACAUUAAUAUACUUUUAGCUAUUUUCCAGAUUUUUUUAUUGUCCAAAAAAUAUGGUAUUCAUGGCUAACUUAAGUAUUCAUGUACAGACUAUGUAACAAUACUCAAAGCGAAUACACAACAGGACAAACGAAAGUAUACACAUUUAAAUUAUUUGGUCUUGCAAUAUGGCCUAAAUGUUUUAUGAAUAUAUCGACUGGAUACUUUCAUCGUUGAUUUGUAUAAAGCUUUAUUCAUUUUAAAAGUAUUCUAGUUACCAAAUAUGUCAGCCUAACGGUGAAAUACAUUUAUUUAAUUGAAGGAUUUUUAGCACUUGACAAUAAAUAUUUAACACUCUACUUUUGACAUACUUUUGAUGUGGUUACUUCCAAUGCGGAUAGAUCAAUAUCGUCACUGGAUAGGCAAAAUUACAUAAACGCCAAAAUAUCCUAAAAUAGCAGUCCAUGUUAUAAUAUGUAUUGCUAGAUAUAGAGAAUGAAAAACAAUGUAAACUUACGUUCACGUCAUCUAAGUUGGAUAAACAGGUAAAAAGUUAUGAUAAAAAACGCAAAAAUACUUUAAACUGCUUUUUCUUGAUAUUGCAUUUUGUCGCUUACGUAAUUUUGCCUUUUCAGUGACGAUAUAAUAUGUAUGUAGUUUUUAGAAUACCGGUUUUUCAAAGAUUAUAGGAUUCAUUAAUACAUUACGCAAAGACUAAAUAAGUAAAUAGUUCAGAAAAGUAUGUUUAGUCAGCGAUUUUAGAGGAAACGAAGCAUAGAAUAAGGAUAAUAAUUUAUACACAAUGGUGUUCUGUCUAGUACACACAAUCUAAUUUUAUUUUAAGUUAUUUCUGUCAUUUUCUUAUCCACAGAAAAAGAAAGGGACGGGUUAUCGACUGGCAUAAAAUUUGUGGAACACACGUGUCAAUUAUAGGCAGAUGCUUAAAAAUUUUAUAAUCGCCAAUAACCCGACAGAAUUAAGUUUACACCACACGUGGAACGGUUUGCAUAUCAGCGAGAUGCUUAUUUAAUUCGACCGGUUAUUCAAUCUUACUCUCAUUCAUUUAAGAAAAAAAAAAGUUGUCAAUCAUCCGUCCCUUUCCUUUUCGGCGGAUAAGAAAAUGACGGGUAUAACUUAAAAUAAAAUUAGGAGAUGUCUGCAGGAAUCGGAGCCAUCAUUCAAGUAAAUUAUGCGCCAAAUUGUAUUAUUAUUAUAUGUCACGAUGUUUAUUUUAUCAUUGUAAAUUGCACAACUCCAUGUAAUUUAUUAAUAUAUACCUACAUAAUUAAAAUUUCAAUCUUUUUACCUUACAUAUAUGUAUUUACCUCUAUUAAAUACAAAAUCCUUAAAAGUAUAUGUCACCGUAAAAUAGAUUAUAAUCUAUCUCGCGAGAUUGUGAACUGUCGAAAAAUUGUGAAACGUAAUAUACUGCUUACAAUUUAACGUAUUAUUAUUCGUCAGAUUAUAAUCAGAGAUUCAAAUCGAUAGAUUAUAAUCUAACGUUAUUCACAAUUUUACGGUGACAUAUAUAAGUUAACCUUUUAUUGCUAAUUGGACGGAGUUUCAUGUAUUAAAGGAAGAUGAAUUUUCCAAUGUCAUUUUUAUUUUUUUACUAGUCACAGUAUUACUGGGUACUAGAAGUAGGACUAACAAUUGAUUAAAAAUAAAAAUGUAAACGUCAGACCCGAAAUUGUAAAACAAUCCUACUUUUAAGAAAUAUAAUGCAAGUUAUUUUAAUUAUUUUUAGGCAUUCUGGACACGAUCAUUGUAUUAUAUAUUUUUCUAAAAAUAACAAGCAGUAAAUUCUUGGCCAGGUUUAAUACCUAUUUGUAAAAAUACUUUAUUUCUUUAUGGGUAUUUGGGAACACAUUCUACGUAGAUAUAAUUUUAACGACGAAACCAAUUAAUUAUCGGAUUAUGUAACUCAAUUUGUUUUCACUUAGUGAUGAAAGUCGUAAAACAAUUGGUACCUAAUAUAUUGUGUAGUAUUUAUAAGUUCAAAAUAAUUAUAUAUCUGUUUGUAUUAAGUU